CUUUGUGAUGAUAAGGCGACAACAACAACUUUGAAGGUGAGCACCUGUUGCAAAUUAUCGGAUAUCAACAUGGAACAGUGAUAUAGAUUGAUAAGAAAUAUGACAUUGAGAGAUACAAAAUAAGAAUUUAAUAACUGCUGUAUAUAUACUACAUAUAAGUUAACACAAUGGACAACAACCUGGUUAGAUGUAAAAGGGUGACAAAAGAAGACUAUGAGAAAGUGAUGGCUAUAUUUCCCCCAUCAGAGAUAUAUAAUGGCGGUGACUAUCUUCCUGAUGAAUUCCAUAUGCUGAUUGAUAUGCCAAACAACGAGAUGUAUGCUGCUGUCAUUGGAGAUAAAUAUGUAGGAUUUGGUUUAUUUACAACUGUGGAUGAUGGGAAAAGUGUAAUAAAUAGGGCAGGGAGAGUCUCCAAAGAAUACGCUGGUAAAGGAAUAAAUAGAAUAAUGAUAAAAUGGAUGGACAAAGGAGGGCCUCUUUACCGACCGGAAGUCUUGUGGCAUAAAACUACAGUAAUUAGAACACAUACACCGCUACUUCAACUGAUAAUCAAAGGAAAAUACAAUAAAACAUUAGAACAAGAUUUUCGAUAUUACGAAACACACAAAAGAACUCUACAGAUGAAGUACAAUGUCAUAAAGAAUGAAAACCAAUCUUUAAAAGCUGAAUAUAUUGAUGUCAAUCUGCUUGGUCAAGUUCUAACAUCGACUGUCCAUCAGCAGUACUUAUUCCCUGAGGAUGAAAUAGUUGUUGCAAUGGUACCAUACAUGGCUAGCAAAUCGAAUGCGCCUCUGAUUAUUUCAAAACGAACAACGGUUGUUGUGUCUGAUUUAAAUUGUCCUCAAAGAACUUUACUUUCAAUAAGUAAUUUCCAUCAAGCACCAUUUGGAACGGUUUUUAAUUUCAACGUGUAUGGUUGUUUGUCUGAGAAUAUUAAAGAGCACCUCAUUUUACACUUUGCUAAGUUUCUUUGUCGGCCAAUGAGUAAAUAUAUAUUACUUCGUGGUAUAUUAAGCAAAGGAACUAGUUGGAAAUUUUUAGACAGCGCCGUCGAAGAAUUCGAUUUGAAAAGGACAGAAUCUUAUGGAACAGGUUUAGUAAGUGUCAGAAGAAGAAUAACAAGCAAACUGUAAUAAAAAAGGUAAUCGAAUACAG